AUGGCGGAGCAGCGCGAGGACGUCGACGGCGAGACCUGGGACGACUGGGUGGACGACGGCUCGUCCACUACCUUCGACUGCGUGUUCUGCGCCAGCAAAUUCCCGGCUGAGGAGCCUCUACACGCGCAUCUGCAGGAGACGCACGACUUCUCGCUGCGUCGCGAGAUCUCGACGCGGAAGCUGGACACGUACGGCACCAUCCAGCUCGUUAACUUCCUGCGCUGGAACACACUGGACGGAGUGUCGGCCGACCAGGUGAAGCAGACGCUGGCUACGGAGGGCAACGCCGCCUUCCAGAAGGACGAGUUCCUCAAGCCCGUAGUGGCCGACGACCCACUGCUCUACUGUCUUGACUGCGAUAGCAGCGACGAUGAAGACGAGGGCAAUCCCGACGAGGAACAGAAGAGCGAAAAGGCUGGAGACGACGUCGCCGACCUGAUCGCCAAGCUGCAACUGGAGAACCAGGAGCUUAAACAGCAGAUGACCAAAUAUUCCAAGCUCGUCCGCGACUUUGUGGUGGACGGAGAGAGCUCUGCACCCGUGGAGGACGCUGCUGAUAACGACACGUAUUACUUUGACUCAUACUCGCAGGUGGGCAUCCACCGCGAGAUGAUCACGGACAGAGUUCGCACUGAUGGCUACCGCAACGCCAUUAUUAACAACCCGCAGGUGUUCAAGGACAAGGUGGUGCUCGAUGUGGGCUGUGGGACGGGCAUCCUGAGUAUGUUUGCCGCUCAGGCUGGCGCUGCCAAGGUCAUUGGUAUCGACCGCAGCGAGAUGGGAGACGUGGCUCGCGAGAUUGUGGCAGCUAACGGAUUCAGCGACGUUAUCACCAUUCUACGCGGCAAAGUGGAGGAGAUCGAACUGCCAGUGGACAAGGUGGACAUCAUUGUCUCCGAGUGGAUGGGCUACUGUCUUCUAUAUGAAUCUAUGCUGGACACUGUGCUGUUCGCGCGUGACAAGUGGUUAGUUCAGGGUGGACACUUGUUCCCGGACAAGUGCUCUCUGUUCAUCCAAGGCAUGGAGGACUCGACCAAGCGCUUUGACUUUUGGAAUGACGUCUAUGGCUUCAAUAUGAAGCCCAUCCAGUCCAAGAUUUCCAUCCGUGACGCCUUUGUGGAGGAUGUUCAGUCGAGCGACAUCAUCUCGAGCCGCGAGCUACUGCAGAAGAUCGACAUUGAUCACGUGAAGUACGAUGAUCUCGACUUCCACUCGAACUUCACGUUGUCUAUCACGAGAGAUGCGACUAUGCACGGCUUCGUGUCUAGCUUCGACAUUGGCUUUGAGCGUGAUUGCCCACGCCCUGAGUACUUUACCACUGGAGCUGAGGGCACACCAACGCACUGGCACCAGGUCUUUUUCCACGUCCCGAAACCCUUCACCGUCAAGGAGGGAGACGUUGUAGAGGGCAAGUGGUGGGUGCGACGGAACGCUGAGAAUCCGCGCUUCCUUGACGUUGAAAUCCAAUGGAAAGAGGCACCCGAGAGCGAGUUCCUCGUCCAGCGUUACCGCAUUCACUAG